AUGCGUAGUGGAGAGAAAAAUAGUCAUCAUCUGAAUUUCCAUCUACACGUGCCGCACAUUCAUUUCCACCACCACAGCCACGGCGGCGGCAAGAAGGAAUUUAGGAACGUGCCGAAAGGGCGUGUUGCGAUAACGGUGGGUCAAGGGAAGGAGCAGCAGAGGUUUAUUAUUCCGGUGAUAUACAUUAACCACCCACUUUUCAUGCAGUUGCUGAAGUCGGCGGAGGAGGAAUAUGGAUUUGAUCAAAAAGGUCCGAUUAAUAUUCCGUGUCAUGUGGAGGAGUUCCGCCAUAUUCAGGGCAAGAUCGACGAAGAAAACUCACACCAGAACCACCACUACCACCACCGCCACCAUCAGUUCUUGUGCUUUAGGGCUUGA